GAGGCAAGAGGCUUUGGGUGAUGCGAACCCUGGGGAAGAAGAGCCCAUUGGGGAGAGUGGGGGGGGGGGAGAAGAGAAUCCUGGGAAGGUAGAGACCAUUGGAGAAUGAGAGGAAGAAGAGAACUUUCCCAUUGGGAAAAUGGGGAAAGAGAAUUCUGGGGAGGUAGAGACCAUUGGGGAGAAUGGGGAGAGAAGAGAAUCCUUGGGAAGGUAGAGACCAUUAGGGACAUUUGGGGGGGGGAGAAGGGAAAAUCUGGGGUGGCAGAGACCAUUGGGAGGGGGUAAGAAAACUCUGGAGAGGAAGAGACCAUUGUGGAGAAUGGGGGAGUGAAAGCCUUGGGGAGGUAGGUAGGAAGGGCAGUAAGGUAGAGAAUUCUGGGAUGGUAAGGACCAAUAUGGAGGGUAGAACCCUAGAGUAGUAGAGACCAUUAGGGAAAGUGGAGGUGAGAGAACCCUGGGGAGGGUAGAGAGCCCUUUUGGAAGAGUAGGCGGGUAAUGGCCUGGUUCAUUGGGUGGAAGUACCUUUGAGGAGUCAGACACCAUGUUGACUGAGGGAGAUGGAAUGUUGGACAUCCUAGAGCACUUUGGAGGAUGACCAUUGUGGGGAUAAUCCUAGGGAGAUAGAGACCAUUAAGGAGUAGGGAAUCUAGGGGCAGAGAAUGAGACCUUCCUUUGGGGGAGGAGGAAGUUAGAAACCCAUGGGGGGGGGGGGCAGCUGGGUAGCUCACUGGAUUGAGAGCCAGGCCUAGAGAUGGGAGGUCCUAGGUUCAAAUUGGGCUUCAGACAUUUCCUAGCUGUGUGACCUUGGGCAAGUCACUUAACUCACAUUGCCUAGCCCUUACCACUCUUCUGCUUUGGAACCAAUAUACAGUAUUGAUUCCAAGACAGAAGGUGAGGGAUUAAAAAAAAAAGAAAAGAAAAGUAACCCAUAUGGGAGGAAGGAAACAGCUUAUCAUGAAAGGGGAAAAGGGAAGGCCUGGAGUGAACUCACAUUUUGUCUCUGACCUUUAACUAUGGGAUCCUGGGAAAGUUACAGAAUCGCUCUUAGCCUCUGUCUUAUUUAUGAAAUAGGGUAUCAUAAUGCCCAUAGCACCUACCUUAGAUAGGGUUGUUGUGAGAAUCAAAUGAGAUAAUGUAUGUAAAGUGCUUUGCAAAGGCUUUGGGGCCUGUCAGCUCUUUAUUAAGUAUUGAGAGGAGGGAGACACUGGGAAGGGAGAAGGGGUGACUGCUAGAGCGAAGGAGACUGGGGUGACAGCAUUGGAGGGGAGGAGAAGGGCCUAGGGAGUCGGAGGGAUGGGGAUAGAGAAUAGGGCAGGAAAGCCCAUGGCUUGGGACAAAUAACAUUCUCUAGGUGAGGAGCUAGCUAGAUAGUGACAGAUGGAACCUAAAAAUUGAGGGGGGUGGACUAAAUUCAUUCAGUCCACAAAUAUUCAGUGGCCAGCCUGUUCUGAAAGGAGCUUGGGGUGAUAACAGCAAAGGGAUAAUGACAACUAGAAUAAGUGUUAGCCAGGGACUUCAGAUAAGUGAGACCAGAUGAUCUGGGAGGUCGCCUCAGCUCUCUACCAUUCUUUGUAAAACCUGAAAGUACCUUAUGAAUGGCGAGGAUCUGACUGCAUCCAUGGCGAGUGGGAGUGGGAGUGGGGACAGCGUCACCCGCAGGAGUGUGGCCUCUCAGUUCUUCACCCAGGAGGAGGGGAGCUGUGUGGAUGGAAUGACUACUUCAGAGAGGGUGGUUGAUCUUCUGAACCAGGCAGCCCUGAUUGCAAAUGACUCAAAGAUCACAGUGCUUAAACAGGUCCAGGAGCUGAUCAUAAAUAAGGACCCAACCCUGCUGGAUAAUUUUCUGGAUGAGAUCAUCGCCUUCCAGGCUGACAAGUCCAUUGAAGUGCGCAAAUUUGUCAUUGGCUUCAUCGAGGAGGCCUGCAAACGAGACAUUGAGCUGCUGCUAAAGCUCGUGGCGAACCUGAACAUGCUGCUCCGGGACGAGAGCGUGAACGUGGUGAAGAAGGCCAUUCUGACCAUGACGCAGCUCUACAAGGUCGCCCUGCAGUGGAUGGUGAAAUCCAAGAUCAUCAGCGAACUGCAGGAAGCCUGCUGGGACAUGAUGUCUGCCAUGGCGGCCGACAUCAUCCUCUUGCUGGACUCGGACAAUGACGGCAUCCGCACCCAUGCCAUCAAAUUUGUGGAAGGCCUCAUCGUCACUCUGUCCCCCCGGAUGGCUGACUCGGAGGUGCCCCGACGCCAGAAGCACGACAUCAGCCUGGACCGCAUCCCCCGGGACCACCCCUACAUCAACUACAAUCUGCUCUGGGAGGAGGGCAAGGCAGCCCUCGAGCAGCUGCUCAAGUUCAUGGUCCACCCGGCGAUCUCCUCCAUCAACCUGACCACCGCCCUGGGCUCUCUGGCCAACAUCGCCCGGCAGCGGCCCAUGUUCAUGUCCGAGGUGAUCCAGGCCUACGAGACCUUGCACGCGAACCUGCCGCCGACCUUGGCCAAGUCCCAGGUGAGCAGCGUGCGCAAAAACCUGAAGCUGCACCUGCUGAGCGUCCUCAAGCACCCGGCGUCGUGCGAGUUCCAGGCCCAGAUCACCACCCUCCUGGUGGACCUGGGCACCCCGCAGGCCGAGAUCGCCAGGAACAUGCCCACGGGCAAGGAGCCGCGGCGGCGGCAGCGGGACGACCCGGACUCGGCCCUCAAGAAGAUAAAGCUAGAGCCCAACCUGGGUGAGGAUGACGAGGACAAGGACAUGGAGCCCGGCCCGUCGGGCACCUCCAAGGCCUGCGUCCAGGGCGGGGCCCAGUCGGACACUGACAUCACAGCGGAAUUCCUGCAGCCCCUGCUGACGCCCGACAACGUGGCCAACCUGGUGCUCAUCAGCAUGGUGUACCUGCCCGAGGCCAUGCCGGCCUCCUUCCAGGCCAUCUAUACCCCGGUGGAGUCGGCCGGCACGGACGCCCAGAUCAAGCAUUUGGCCCGGCUCAUGGCCACCCAGAUGACGGCGGCCGGCCUGGGGCCAGGUGUGGAGCAGACGAAGCACUCCAAGGAGGAGCCCAAGGAGGAGAAGAUGGCAAAGCCGGAAAGCGUCCUCAUCAAGCGGCGUAUGUCGGCGCUGGGCCAGGGCCAGGCCAUUUCCGUGGUGGGGGCGCUGAGCCCUGUGUGCACCCUGGAGGAGGAGGCCCCCCAAGCCAAGAGGAGGCCUGAGCCGAUCAUCCCUGCCACACAGCCUCGGCUGGCAGGUGUGGGCGGCCGCAAGAAGAUCUUCCGCUUGAGCGACGUCGUGAAGCCCAUGACAGACGCCCAGAUCGAGAGCAUGAAGCUGGGGGCCGUGAGGCGCAUCCUAAGGGCAGAGAAGUCCGUGGCCUGCAGCGGGGCGGCCCAGGUCCGAGUGAAGAUCCUCGCCAGGCUGGUGACUCAGUUUGAGGUGGGCCUCAAGGAGGAGGUCCUCACCUUCAUUCUGGAGGAUAUUCGGGGCCGCCUGGACCUGGCCUUUGCCUGGCUCUACCAGGAGUACAGUGCCUACCUGAGCGCCGGGCCCUCGGGGACCCUGGACAAGUACGACGAGUGCCUCAUCCGCCUGCUCUCGGGCCUGCAGGAAAAGCCUGACCAGAAGGACGGGAUCUUCACCAAGGUGGUGCUGGAGGCCCCGCUCAUCACCGAGAGCGCCCUGGAAGUGGUUCGGAAGUACUGUGAGGAUGAGAGCCGUGCAUACCUGGGCAUGUCCACCCUCCGCGACCUGAUCUUCAAGCGCCCAGCGCGCCAGUUCCAGUAUCUCCAUGUCCUCCUGGACCUCAGCUCCCACGAGAAGGACAAGGUGCGCUCCCAGGCCCUCCUCUUCAUCAAGCGGAUGUACGAGAAGGAACAGCUUCGAGCCUAUGUGGAGAAGUUCGCCCUCAACUACCUGCAGCUGCUCGUGCACCCCAACCCGCCCUCUGUGCUCUUUGGGGCGGACAAGGACACAGAGGUGGCAGCCCCCUGGACCGAGGAGACGGUGAAGCAGUGUCUCUACCUCUACCUGGCCCUGCUGCCCCAGAACCACAAGCUCAUUCACGAGCUGGCGGCCGUCUACACCGAAGCCAUCGCCGACAUCAAGAGGACGGUGCUUCGGGUCAUCGAGCAGCCGAUCCGCGGGAUGGGCAUGAACUCCCCAGAGCUGCUCCUACUGGUGGAAAACUGCCCCAAGGGGGCCGAGACGCUGGUCACCCGCUGCCUGCACAGCCUCACAGACAAAGUGCCCCCCUCCCCCGAGCUGGUGAAGCGGGUCCGAGACCUCUACCACAAGCGCCUUCCGGACGUUCGCUUUCUCAUUCCGGUGCUUAAUGGUCUGGAAAAGAAGGAGGUGAUCCAGGCCUUGCCCAAACUCAUCAAAUUGAACCCCAUUGUGGUGAAGGAGGUCUUCAACCGCCUGCUGGGCACUCAGCAUGGGGAAGGGAACUCGGCUGUGUCGCCCCUGAACCCCGGCGAGCUGCUCAUCGCCCUCCACAACAUCGACUCCGUGAAGUGCGACAUGAAGUCCAUCAUCAAGGCCACCAACCUGUGCUUCGCCGAGCGCAACGUGUACACGUCGGAGGUGCUGGCGGUGGUCAUGCAGCAGCUCAUGGAGCAGAGCCCCCUCCCCAUGCUGCUCAUGCGCACCGUCAUCCAGUCCCUCACCAUGUACCCCCGGCUGGGCGGCUUCGUCAUGAACAUCCUGUCCCGGCUCAUCAUGAAGCAGGUGUGGAAGUACCCCAAGGUGUGGGAAGGCUUCAUCAAGUGCUGCCAGCGCACCAAGCCGCAGAGCUUCCAGGUGAUCCUGCAGCUGCCCCCCCAGCAGCUCAGCGCCGUCUUUGACAAGUGCCCGGAGCUCCGGGAGCCCCUCCUGGCCCACGUGCGGUCCUUCACCCCACACCAGCAAGCCCACAUCCCCAACUCCAUCAUGGCCAUCCUGGAAGCCAGCAGCAAGCAAGACUCUGAAGCGAAGGAGGCGGCGCCAGCAGCCCUGGAGGAGGAGGAUCUGGAUGCGCUGACCCAGGCCCCGCGGCCGGCCCAGGACCUCAUCGCCCUGCGCCUGGCCCAGGAGAAGGCCCUGAAGCGGCAGCUGGAGGAGGAGCAGAAGCUGAAGCCACCGCCCCCUGCCCCCCCGGGCCGCGCAGGCCCCGCCCCCUCAGAGGAGGCCAUGGACUUCCGGGAGGAGGGGGCCGAGGCGGAGGCCCCCAGCAUCUUCAUCAGUAUGGAGGAGGAUGGGGGGCUGAGCGAGGCCACUCUGCUGGACUCGAGCCAGGAGGGGCCCCUACCUGAGAAGGUAGGGCGUUCCCCCUCGUCUCCCCCUCCACAGCCAAAGCAGAAGGAGGAGCCAGCAGGGGUCCCUUCCAAAGAGGAGCGGAGCCCCCGGUCUCCAGGCCCUGCUGCCGGGGAGGAGGCUGCCCCGGUGCCCAGCCCAGAGGAGGAAGGGGGGGAGGAGGCUUCGGAGACCAAGAUGGACAGCUGACGGACCGUGGGGGCGGGGCGGGGCGGGGCGGGCUGGGUCGUGGGGGCUCUUCGUUUGCAAUAAAGAGGCCUGUCUGGUCA